ACCUUUAUAUAUUUGCGAAUUAUUCUGAAUUGACUAGGAAAUUCUCUACAGUCAUGAGUCUCAAGUAUAUGUUGAUAACUUUUCUAUUAGUUGGUAUCACUGCUGGUGAUAUUGUACUUAACAAGAAGAGGUUUCCAAAAGAUUUUAUGUUCGGAGUGGGUACUUCCACGUACCAAAUUGAAGGUGCCUGGAAUGAAGAUGGUAAAGGAGAAAGCAACUGGGAUCAUUUUGUUCAUCAAAUACCAUCACCUAUUGCAAACAACGACACAGGAGAUAUAGCUUGCGAUUCGUACCAUAAAAUGAAAGAAGAUGUGGCUUUGUUAAAAUAUUUAGGAGUCAAGCAUUACAGAUUUUCUUUAUCAUGGUCAAGAAUUCUCCCAACAGGAUACACAAACAAAAUAAACAAAGCUGCAAUUAAAUACUAUAAAAGCCUGAUCAGAGAACUUACAGACAAUGAUAUCGAACCGAUAGUCACUUUACUGCACUAUGAUACUCCACAAGUGAUGGAGGGCAUGGGUGGUUGGACGACCGAUUGGAUCAUUGAUCGAUACGUGGAGUACGCAGCAGUUUGCUUUGAAAAUUUUGGAGCCGAUGUCAAAUAUUGGUUGACUUUCAACGAGGCGUUUUUCAUGUGCACUUUGGGUUAUGGAAUAGGUUCUCAUGCGCCUGGUAGGAAGGCUAGUGGUAUUGGAGAUUAUAUUUGUGCCCAUAAUAUUAUCAAAGCCCAUGCCAAGGCGUUCCAUAUAUAUCAUGAUAUAUACAAACCGGUACAGAAAGGUUCAAUAGGAAUUUCUUUAGUAAGCAUUUAUGCAGAACCAAAAUCUGACAGUGAUGAGGAUAAGGAAGCUGCUGAGAGAAUGAUGUUCUUUAAUUUUGGAUGGUUUGCAAGCCCAAUAAUGUUCGGUUCUUAUCCAUAUCAAAUGGAUAUAUUAAUUAGCGAGAGAAGCUAUGUCCAGGGAUUCUUACAAUCGCGUCUUCCCGCUUUUACUGAAGAAGAAAAGGAUUAUAUCGCUGGCACCACAGACUUCUUUGGUCUUAAUUAUUAUUCAAGUGUUGUCGUUCAAAACCUAAGAGAUUUUCAAGAUCUAGACCUUUCAUGGGAAGCUGAUGUUGAGGUGAUUCAAUCUCAAGACCCAAGCUGGGAAAAUACGACAAUAGAUCAGUUCGCGGUCUACCCAGAUGGCUUGUAUAAACUUGUAAAAUGGAUUUCUAACAAUUAUAACAACGUCUCAAUUAUAAUCACUGAAAAUGGCUAUCCAGAUAAAGGGGAAUCAUUAGAUGAUGAUAAACGAAUCAGUUAUAUCCAGCGACAUCUUAGUAAGUUACGAGACGCAAUGGAUGAAGGAGUUCAAGUUUUUGGUUAUACAUUUUGGAGUCUGAUGGACAAUUUUGAAUGGUUAAGCGGCUUCACAACAAAAUAUGGACUUUUUGAAGUGGAUUUUAGCAGCCCUAAUAGGACUAGAACUGCCAAAAAAUCUGCGGAUUAUGUUAAGAAAGUAUACGAGUCUAGAUGCAUUUUGGAUGACAGUUCUGAAUGUUAUGGUUAGGUACAAGCUUGACGUUGAAGUUACUGAUUGUAUUUUUAAAAAUUAAGAAAUAAAAUUUAUUUUCUUUUA